UGGGCGGUGUUUUACCUGGACGAGGAAGACCCAAUAACGCUGCCAUCACAGCCGUAUCUUCCAGCUGUCGGUGCGGUGCCGAACGAGGCACCAUGGCUGUAUUAAUGUGUCACUGUAAAUACAUGUCGUGGCCGCUGUUCUCGGCGUAGAGAGGCUCGCCUGUGCGUGGUGAUCCCCGGCCUGCCGUCCUGAGCUGUCUGCAGCGUGUAGAUGCCUUGGCUGAGAUGAGUGUGAAGGCUUUUGAGCUUGUCCCCGCUGUGGAGCGAGAUCUCCUCAUGGGCGACAAGGCUCGCAUCAACAUUGAGUGCAUCGAAUGCUGUGGAAAGCACUUGUACAUGGGCACCAAUGACUGCUUCAUUCACCACUUCCUGCUGGACGAGGUCACUUCCUCCAAAGGGAAACUCAGUUACUCGGCUCAAAAGCUGCUGCACAAAUACCUGGGCCUCAAGAAGCCAGUUGCUGAGCUGCGCGCAGCCUCCGCGUUGGAGCGUCUGAUAGUGCUUUGCGAUGGAAUAGUGUUCCUGGUUGACAUGGUUACACUGGAGACCGUGCCCUCGGCGGCAGGAGGGGGAGCCAAGAUCAGAGGCGUGACAUCGUUCUGCAUUAACGAGAACCCGGUGAACGGGGAUCCAUUCUGUGUGGAAAUGGGCGUGCUCUCCUCCAAGCGGCGGACAGUGCAGAUUUACAUGGUGUAUGAGGACAGAGUGCAGCUGGUCAAAGAGGUGACCACUCCCGAGCAGCCGUGUGCUGUCAGUGUUGAUGGUUACUUCUUGUGCCUGGCCCUCGGUACACAGUACAUGAUUCUGAACUACAACACCGGAGCCUCCCAAGACCUGUUUCCUUACAACAGUGAAGAGAGGAGACCCAUUGUGAAGAGGAUCGGCAGGGAGGAGUUCCUCUUAGCAGCACCUGGUGGUCUCGGAAUGUUUGCCAAUGCAGAAGGGGUAUCUCAGCGCGCUCCAGUCAACUGGUCAGAGAGCGUGAUUGGUGCUGCUGUGUGUUUUCCGUACGUGGUGGCUUUAGAUGAAAGCUUCAUCACCAUCCAUAGCAUGUUGGACCAGCAGCUGAAACAGACACUUUCAUUCAGGGAUGGACACAUUCUGCAAGACUUUGAAGGAAAGGUCAUCCUGGCCUCCACUAAGGCUGUGUAUGUCCUCGUCCCCCUGCCGCUGGAGAGACAGAUCCAGGACUUACUGGCCAGUCACAGAGUGGAGGAGGCACUCAUCCUCACAGAGGGAGCACAGCAAAAUAUUCCCAAAGACAAGUACCAGAUUUUGCACAAAAGAAUUCUUCAGCAGGCAGGUUUCAUACAGUUUGGCCAACUACAGUUUCUAGAAGCAAAAGAACACUUCAGGAAGGGUCAGCUGGAUGUGCGGGAGCUGAUAUCUCUUUACCCACUGCUGCUGCCAGCUUCCUCUACAUUCACACGCUGCCACCCUCCUCUACACGAGUUUGCAGAUCUCAACCACCUGGCACAGGGCGACCAGGAGAAAGUGCUGCGAUGCAAGAAAUUUCUUAUCACUUAUUUGGGGGAGGUACGAAGCACAGAAGUGGCAAAUGGCUGCAGAGAGGACGUGGACACAGCGCUGUUAAAGCUGUAUGCUGAACAGGAUCAUGACAGCCUUCUAGACCUGCUAGCUUCAGACAAUUCCUGCCUACUAACAGACAGCAUCCCGUGGCUGGAGAAAUAUCACAAAUAUUUUGCACUUGGGCUGCUCUAUCAUUAUAAUGGUCAGGAUUCAGCAGCACUUCAGUUGUGGAUUCGUGUGGUCGAUGGGGAUCUGCAGGACUCCACGAGAUCUGACCUUUAUGAGUACAUCGUGGACUUUCUCUGCUCCUGCUCCAACCUGGAUCUUGUAUGGAAGUAUGCAGACUGGGCCUUGCGGAAGGAUCCCACUAUAGGUGUCCACAUCUUUACUAAGAGGCCUUCCAGGAAAGAUCUGCCAGAAGUGAAACCCGAUGAUGUCAUCACGUAUCUGGGGAAGCACAGCCAGGCACUGCUCCUCUACCUGGAACACCUGGUGCUGGAGAGAAGGAUAAAGAAAGAGAAAUUCCACACGCACCUGGCCGUGUUGUACCUGGAGAGAGUUUUGUUACUGCUGUCGGAGUCGCCAACAGACGAGGAGCAGCUCGCUAGAGCAAGAGAGAGGCUCCAAGCUCUGCUCAGGGAGUCCGACCUUUACCGUGCACAGUUUCUUUUAGCUAAGAUGGAGAACUGUGAACAACUGCUGCUAGAGCGUGCAACACUACACGGAAAACUGGAGGAGCAUGACAAAGCGCUGCAUAUAUUAGUGCACCAGCUGAGAGACUACUCGUCUGCUGAGGCCUUCUGCGUCUGGGUCUCUUCUUGUCGGGAUUCUGCUUACCGGCAGCAGCUUUUUCACCUGCUCUUGGGGGUGUAUCUAGACGGGAACCUUCCUGGAAAUUCCCAGACUGCAGCAGGAGGUGGAGAUCUGGAGAUGGCGGCAGUAGACCUACUGAAUCGGCACGGCGAGGUGUUUGAUGCCGUCCGUGUCCUGCGCAUGCUCCCUGACGGCUGGUCACUGCAACUGCUGCGGCCCUUUCUGGGUCGAGUCGUCAGGGCCAGUAUGCACGCCUGCCGCACCUCCCACAUUGCUCUGGGACUAGCCCGCUCUGAAAACCUUCAACUGCUGCAUGACCGGUUGAAAGACCGGAAGAAACCAAUCUUUGUGUCUGAAAAGAAAGGAUGCCACCUGUGCCACAACACCUUCAGUGAGCCUGACGUGGUGUGCCUGCCAGGUGGAGUGCCUGUCCACACUCACUGUGUCGCCCAGAGAGUAAGAGACUCUCCCACAAAGAGACAGUUAACUAAUAGCAGUAACCAUACGUGAGACUUGACCCCUCAAACUACCAUGUGAUCUGUGAUCAGAGGCACCAAACUGAAGCAGGACAUGCUGAGGACUGUGAGGAAAACAAAAAGCACAGAACACCCAUUGCCAUAGUAGAAUCUGCUAUGGAGGUGAUGAGAAACACAAAGAAAUCUGUGCGAGUGCGUGCUUGUGUGUGUGUGUGUGUGUGUGUGUGUGUUUGUGUGUGUGUUUGUGUGUGUGUGUGCGCACGCAGAAUGAGUGAGAGCAAGGAAGAAACAGAUGAUUUCAUCAAUUUAUUCCUGUGCCACAAUUAUACCACACUGUCAGACUGCAAGUUUUUAAUAGAAACAACAGCUGAGUCACCCGGCCCUUUAAUCCAUUUAAGCGGAGAAGUAAUUAAAGAACGGCUCCUGUGCUUACCUGUGGGUUCAGUGCUGUACUGGUCAUCAUCAUCAUCGCUUGAACAGUUUUAAACCUGAAUUUGAGAGACUGCUUGACCACACUAUAUUUGAAACCUGUUGCAGAAAUUUCCGAAGCAUGCGUAGUAUUACCACUCUUACAGUAUUGGUCUGAUCACCUCAUGUGGGUAUUGUAUUAAUAUUGUCCUAACUUUGCACAUUGCAGUGUUGGGUUUUAAUGUGAAAUACUACAAAGACUCAUCAGUACUGAUGGAAACAGUCUUUUAUGUUUGUCUCUUUCUCUCUGGGAUCUGGUCUCGCUGCAGCUUUACUUCCCCCUCAGCCGUACAGGUACUGGUUGUUGUUUUCACAAUGUUUCACUUCAACAAUUCGAUCCAAACCACAGAAUUUGAAUGUCCUGUUAUCAAUGUGAGAGACCAUAAGUCGGUGUAUCGUCUGUAGAGCAACAACACUAUAAAACACUACAUGGUAUCUUACAUUGCUCCACUGUUCAUCAGUAUGUUACUGGCAAUUCAAUAAUCGAACUGCAUCUAUCAGAUUCACCCUCUAAAACUUAAACAGAUCAAAUAAUCUUUGCUUCUAAGAUGUCAGUACACACAUUGACUGUGUUUACACACUGUAAAAUCUGACAAGUUGACUUACAUUUUUGAGAAUCUAAGAAACCAGCCUUAAAAAUCUUAUGAAAUAUAACUGUUAGUUUGAAUGUAUGUUUAUAUUUUAUCUA